AUGACAAAAUCCCACGUUGUAUUUACUCACUACAUCUGCGUGUCGGAUGCCAAUUUCUGCUUCUUUAAUUCCAUUCACUCGCACGUGCUGGACCCCACACACGAGUCACUUGAUCGUCUACGUGGCAUAAAAAUUAUACGUGGCACUCUCAGAUACAUCCUCAAGGCGCCGCAGAGACUUGUAAGAGACCUUUUCCUUUUGGGGAGAGGUUUUCUUUCGAGCUCGUGCGCUUCGCCAACGGCAGAUGCGGCGAAGGAUGCGUUGGCGGCGGAUCGGAUGGAUAUGGAAGCGGCGGAGAUAUUGGCCGCCUUGGCGCAUUCGAAGAAGCGGCUUGCUGUUUCCGUCUCCGCUGAAUUUGGCGCCAAAUGGGGAUGCAAAGGGAGCAGACUGAGGAAGCGAGCCAGUACCAGUACUGAGUCACCGCCUUCUGGCGUCGGUUCGAACCCGGUUCAAUCCGGUUCGGAUCUCGCUGAGCAGGAUCAAGCUACAAUAGGCCAGGAGCAAAGUCAAGUGAUGAGCACAUCUGUAGUUAUUGAAUCGGUAGUAGCUGAGUCGCUUAAUGGGAGUCAUCCUAGCGCUGAAAGAUACCCAUCCGAUGGGGUGGUGAGGUCCAGUCAGAAUGUAACCAAGGCUGAAAAAGAAACAUGUAGAUUGCAUAGAAUGUUAACCCGUAAGGAGUCUGAUUGGCAGAUGAUUCAUGAAAGGCCGAUAUUAUUCAGCACUGUGGGAAUACCUGAGAAAGAUAUUUGGGAGGAUAGUCCGCUGAAUGAAAUGACAGGGAACAAUGCUCUCAUAAAACCAGUGAAGACUGAGCAGAAUGCUGAAUCAGUCAGAUCAAGUCCUGCAGGUGCAAUAAAACACAUGUCAGGUGGUGGGGGAAGGUCAAGACAGAAUUUAACUGAGGCUGAAAAGGAAGCACGGAGAUUACGUAGAAUAUUAGCAAACAGGGAGUCUGCUAGACAAACGAUUCGCCGAAGGCAGGCUCUCUGCGAAAAAUUGACCCUGAAAGUUACAGAUUUAACACAGGAGAAUGAAAAUUUGAAGAGGGCAAAAGAGUUGGCCCUGAAAGAGUAUCAAUCUCAAGAUAGCACCAAUAAGCACCUGAAGGCAGAGAUGGCUAAGGCAUUGAAAGCUGAUGAAGGGAAAACUACUGCAGAGCUUCUAGAUCAUCAUAUUUCUGGUCCAUCUGGAAACUAUCCAUAUUUCUUUUAUAAUCAACAUCAUUUUCUCCCUUUUUGUUGGCCUUCCAGUGUUCAAUCUUCACAUCCUGUUCAAUCACAAUGUGGCCAAAAUGCCAUUUUUGUUCCAUCUAGCAUUUCCUCACCAGCUAAUGGUAGGCUUGAUUCAUCUUUUAAUCAAGAAAACCCCAUAAAUGUGAAUGGACCUAAGACUGCCUUAUAUGUAGUGCCCUACCCUUGGGUUUUUUCUCUUCCUGAUCAACGGAGUGGACUGCAUCCUCAGCCUUCUUGUGGCACAAAAGAUAUUGAAGAUGAAACUUCUGUGAGUAAUCAUUUUAACGCUGGGUGUCAUUUGAAACCUGUCAUGAACGAGAAGUAUAAUUCCUCUUUACCGGUAGAAGUUGAAAAAGAGGCUAAUGACCCAAUUGAAGCCAGUCCUAAUAACAAGAAUUGUACUUCAGUUAGGCUUCCUGCAGAUGUUGGUGUUCAGUGUAUGUCCCACAUUAAAGAAGAGGUCCUUGUGCCUGGACCUCUGUGUUCUGCAGGGACUACAUUUGAGAAUAGAACAGAUCAUGUUGUCAAGACUGAAGAGGCUCCUAUAGGAGCAUUUCAUUUUGUUGGUGCAUUGCCAGAAGAGAACAAAGAAUCAAAAAAUUAUACGAGUAAGAAAGUACUGGAUGCAGUGGCUGCUGCUGAGGCAAGAAAGCGGAGGAAAGAACUUACAAAACUAAAAAACCUUCAUGGCCGACAUCGUUCACCAUUGAGUUUGUCGGCAAAAAUCUAGACAUUUGUGACUAUGGCUGCAAGCAUCUCUCAGUCAAUUUUCAAGGCUAGAGGUAUUUUUUCUCAGGCUUUCCUUUUUCCUUUUUCCUUUUUUAAGGACAGAUUUACAUUCCUGUUUUUUGUUUUUUCAUUUAGCUUUAACAGAUAAAUAAUCUUUCAUGAUUUUUUUUUUCUUUUUCUUGGGGGGUGUUUAAACUUAAGAUUUAGAUGGGGGAUGGGUACUUUCCCCCAUUUCAUAGGCUUUUAACUUGGAACAAGGCUGCAAAAUAGUUUGCAUUAGUUGCAAAUUUAGCCAGAUAUUUUGUAACAUAUAUGCUGCAAGUUUUUCACCCUCUUGCAGAACAAAGGCAUGUACAAUUCCGUGAUCGAGAUAUUCAAAUCUUCUGGUUGAUUUUCAA